AUGAACCACGGUAAAAUGCAUCUUCAGGAGACAGCUGGUCUCUAUGCCACAGCUGCCGCCCUGCGACUUGCGCUCUUCACCUUGUUCCCUGCCCUUCCAGACCUGCUCACUGGCCGUGUCGAGAUCUCAACUCCUGUGACGAGCUUUAAGCGAUUACAAGAAGGCUUGUUCCUGUACAAUCACAAUGUCUCGCCCUACGACGGCGGUGUCUACCACCAGGCCCCUUUACUCCUGCCGCUCUUCUCCCUCCUACCAGACCCGUCUGCGUACCCGAUCUUCACAUACGUCCUGUACAUUAUGGUCGACCUGCUGAGUGCCCAUGCGCUAUACAAGAUCGCCGAGUCUGGCGAGGCAGCUUCGUCAAGGCUAUUCACCUCGGCGCGAAAGGACAGAAGAUGGAGCGGCUACGUCGUUGCUGCCAUCUUUCUCUUUAACCCUUUCACCAUCGCCACAUGCUUAGCCCGACCGACGAGCGUCUUCACUACAUGCGCCAUACUCCACGCCGUAGCGAAGGCGAUUUAUGGCACCCCCUUUACGGCCAUGCUCUCCCUCUCCUUCGCCGCCUACCUGUCCAUGUAUCCGAUCCUCCUCCUUCCGCCAUUGGUCUUACUCGCCUACGACCGGCAACAUGCGUCGAAUAGAAUAUUGUCUCUCCUGCAGUUUGCAGGUACGAACGUUGCCGCUGCUUCAGUGUCCCUCGGCGCGCUCUUCGCCGUCUCUUACCUCCUGACCGGUUCAUGGGAGUUCAUGUCUUCAACAUACGGCAUCCAGCUCACCCUGAACGAUCUGACGCCGAAUGUGGGACUAUGGUGGUAUUUCUUCAUUGAAAUGUUUGACAGUUUCCGCUCAUUCUUCCUGGGCGUUUUCUGGUUACACCUGUCAUCCUACGUUGGUGGGCUCUCGAUUCGAAUACGCUCGCAGCCACUAGCGGUGGUCACGCUUCUACUCGGCAUAUUUGGCAUAUUCAAGCCGUAUCCCAGCGUCUCAGAUGCGAGUCUGUUCUUCGCCAUGCUGCCGCUAUUCCGACACGUAUUCCCUUUGAUGCGAUACAGCUUCCUGACUGCCUCGGUUGUCUUGUACUCGACCUUUCUGGGCCCCGCCUUCUAUCACCUGUGGAUAUAUUAUGGCAGUGGGAAUGCGAAUUUUUUCUAUGCUAUCACCCUCGUGUGGAGCUUGGGACUAAGUCUGCUAGUCAGCGACAUGACGUUUGCUGUGCUACGAGAUGAGUGGGAAGUUGAAAGACCGGAAAUGGUCGGCAAGGAGAUCAGGCAGAUCUAG